AUGCUUUUAGCUGUUACUCGCUUUCCUCUCCAUCUUCAUCGAUACAGGGUAAAAUCGGCAAAACUCCACGACCAAUGCAGAUUGCGAUCUCUCUAUCGGAGUUCCCUCGUGAUUUGUGUGCCGGACUUUGCCACAGCGUCACGAGCCAAUAACGAUCCGUUUCGCCGGCAACUGCGGCCUCCCGCCCAUCGGGUGAAACCGAUCUACGAAGAUAUCCCGCGAGAGACAACCAGCAGCACCAAGAAACCUCCACCGACGUACCCACUGCAGCCCAGCUCUUACACGGCGGCACGCCAGGAGAUACCAAAUCGAGAUGCCGAGUACACGAUAUAUCCAAAAUACUCGUACAACUACGGGGUGCUGGACGGUAGCACUGGCGACACAAAGACAGCCUGGGAGGAACGGGACGGUGACAGCGUCCGGGGUGAGUACAGCGUAGUCGAGCCCGAUGGUACCGUGCGCACCGUGAGCUACACAGCCGACGACGAGAGCGGUUUCAAGGCCGUGAUCACAAAAAAAAAGUCGUCCCUUGACUCGGAGGUGAUUUCCAGGAUGGCAGCUAAAUCGGCUCUUGUGCCGAUUUUACUGGCCAGAUCAGCUGGGAGCCACGGUGAACUGAGGUAUCCGCAGCAUCGUUAUGAUUAG